GUGGAACUAGAACAUAUUCUCAUUCACGAUUUCAAAUUAGAAAUAUCUUGAACAUGUAAAAAUUUCACGGUUAAAUGUAAUAAAAGGGAUUUCCCUUUAAUGUUUCACAUUUUUAUAUUUAUAUAAUAUAUAUGGAAUGAAAAUGUGCUAGAUCUUUUUAUAUGGAGAUUUUUUUCAAUUUCAUAAAUUCAUCCUUCCAAGUUUCAUAAGAAUUCGCAAGGCUUUAAAUCUUUAAACUUUCAUGUUUCACUUUUUUACAUUCAUAUAUAUGGAAGGAAAACCUUUCAUGGAGAAUCCUUCCAAGUUUCACAAGAGUUCUCAAGGCUGUGAUUGUUUGUGUAUUUUUAUGUACUUCAAGUUUUUUUAUUGUUUUCAGAAGAAUGCUUAGUUUAGGUCGAGGGUUAAGUUGUAUUCUUAGAACUGGAAGCUUUCCACCAUCUUUACCUGUUAGAAUGGUGAGAUGUGGCGGAUUAAUAUUACAAUCUUCGCAGUGUAAGAAGAUAACUAGCAACAGAAGAUUAAUGUCAGUAUCCAGUCCUUACUCUCAUACAAACACAGACGUUGUAGAUUCAUCUAGUUCUUCUGAUCCCUUCAUCCUUCUCCACUCAGACUUAAGCUCGGUGAUGCAAGAGAUCCACGCAGAACUACUAAGAGAUCUUACAAGUGAGAGUGAGCUUGGUGAAAUGUCUCUUUAUUAUUUUGAUGGAAAAGGAAAAUCUUUGCGACCCUUGAUAUCUUUGUGCAUCGGACAUGCUUAUAAUUUACAUACUAACAGAUCAGACCAAGAAGCAUUAAGUAACCAGAGAAAAGUUGCUCUAAUUAGUGAAAUGAUCCAUACUGCCUCUUUAAUCCAUGAUGACAUUUUGGAUCACGCAGAGUCAAGGCGGGGAAAAGAAAGUAUAAAUCUCAAAUGGAAUAUAAAAAAAUCUACACUGGCUGGUGAUUAUGUUCUUGGCGUCGGAUCAAAAUUAUUAUCCAGUAUUCAGAACCCUGAUGUUGUACAAAUUCUUUCUCAGGUGUUGGCGGAUUUAGUAAAAGGAGAAUUCAUGCAGCUACAAACAAAGGAAGAGAAAGGGGAAAGAUUUACUGAUUAUUUGAAUAAAAGUUUCAAUAAGACUGCUAGUCUCAUGGCUUACAGUUGCAAGGCAAACGUAGUUUUAUCUGGGGGAAACAAAGACGACAUUGAGAAUAGUUUCCAAUAUGGUCGGAAUAUUGGGAUUGCAUUUCAGCUUGUAGAUGAUCUUCUAGACUUUGUGUCAAGUGCGGAUAUGCUUGGUAAACCAGCUGCGGCUGACCUACAGCUAGGACUGGCAACUGCUCCAGUUCUUUUUGCAGCACGACGGUUUCCAGAACUUGAACUUCUUAUUAAUCGAAGGUUUAACCAGACCGGGGAUGUGGAGAAAGCGUUUAGUUUAGUCCUUAAGUCAACUGGUUUAGAUGAAACAAAGAGCUUAGCUAGAACUCACUGUAAUAAGGCUGUUCUCGCACUUCGUGAUCUGAAGGACUCCGAGUACAAGGCUGGACUUAUUCAUCUCUGUGAUAAAGUUUUAAAUAGAAUUAAAUAGAAAACGUGCUUCAGGAGUGGUAACAGCUGAUUUUGAAAAUAAAAUGUCGGAUUCUAAUAGUCCGCUGAUCCUGGGCAUCAGCUUUUUUUUUGGAAGUAAAAUGUUUGAAUCUUAAAGUCAGUUGAUUAUGGCUGAUCCUUUCAAUCAGCUGAUUUUUUAUGGUGGAUUCCAGAAGCCAGCUGAUCAAAUGGUGUCUGAUGAGUGAUGGUUCUACACAAAUACUGAGUUCAUCAUUCUUGAUCUCAAAAGAUUUUAAGUCAGCUGCUCUUUGGCGUCAUCUGAUAUUGAAAAUAAAUUGACGGAUUCUUAAGUUAAAUGGUGGAUUGACAAGCAGCUAAAUAUCUCCUUCAUUUCUACUUUCUUCAGAACUUCCAUCAUUUAUAGCUGAUUCCCACUUCAAGGUUGAUUUUAUCAACUGGUUGUUUUUUAUAUUACAAAUCAUGAAAAUAAAAUAAUACAAUGUCAAAAAA